AAUUUGAGGUAAAACUGCGUCGUUUGAAUCACCGCAAAUGCUGCAGAGGAUCUUUUCCCAUUGCUACCAUCUCUACACACGCGCCUGUUGGUGAUUCACGCAAACGAUCACUUCACGAGCUUGCAUUUAUUAUGCUACAAACCCUUCCCAUCAAAUUCCAAUUCGAUUAGUCACCUUGAUUUGUCAGCUUUCUCGAUUCCUUCACAACAUUUUCCGAAUUACAAUUCGAGAAGAUGUGAGUUGCAAUAGAAUCAAUAAUUUCUCUGGUUUUUAGAGGGAUAGAGAAGAUGUGGAAUCCGAGAAGGCCUCGCUUUCUUCUGGGUUUUGACCCAUCCUUUUGCUCUGAAAGACUGAACAUACCGUGUAAUUUUGUAAAAUAUUUGGAAGGAACGGCUCCUGGGACAGCAGUUUUGGUAGGUCCUAGUGGGAACAGUUGGUUUGCUGAUUUGAUUCUGGUUGAAAACGGUUUGUUCCUCAAUGAUGGUUGGGCUGAUUUUGCGAAAGAUCACUUUCUUGAACAUGGUGAUUCAAUAGUUUUUAGGUAUGAUGGAGAUUCAAAUUUUACAUUGCAAAUUUUUGACCGGAGCAUGUGUGAGAAGCAAGCUGCAUUUAGUGCUAAAAGCAGCCAAGAUGUGAGUAGAUAUGAUAGUACUGUGGUAAGAAAAAGACAAAGGGAAAGAUCAUCUCACCUAGAUAGCAUUAUUGAAGGAGUUCCCAAUAAGAUGAGAUGCUCCCAACCGCGAUCUGAUAGCAUGUGCAAUGCUCAUGAGAACCAUUCAAAUUUGGUCAACACAGAAGAUUGGAUGCAGCAAGCUGAUGGAAACAGUAGCAUGAAGAAUCUUAUUACAGUUGCACUGCCUCUUGCAGCGGUUCCACGUGACUACGCAGAUCAUAGAACCACAAAUCUAGAUGUACUGCUUUCUGCUUCAGAAGCAGAGAAAAUGGCCCAAUCAUUCAAGUCGUCUUUCCCCAGCUUUCUGAAAGUCAUGAAGCAAUUCAAUAUAAGUGGUUCUUACACUCUGAAUGUCCCCUAUCAGUUUGCAACCGAACACCUUCCAAAAUGCAAAGUAAAAAUUGUGCUUCGUAAUUUAAGAGGAGAGAGUUGGACAGUGAAUUCAAUUCCCACAACAAAAGUUCAAACAUCGCAUACUUUUUGUGGAGGAUGGCUGAGUUUUGUACGGGACAACAAUAUUGAUGUAGGAGACAUUUGUAUCUUUGAGCUUCUGCUCAAGUUUGAGAUGCAGGUGAGAAUUUUUAGAGUAAGAAAGGAAGGGAUAGAUGGUCAUCAUGGUGAGGCAGAUCAUAGAGGGACAAACAAUGGUUGCUCAACAACAUCAAAUAAAUUGUCACGACGCAAACCAAAGAAAAAAAGUGAAACUUCUCAUAGUAUGAAAGGAUCUACUGCAUGCUCUCUAUCAAAUAAUUGCGUCACAGAAUCAGAUAUCCUUAAAACGUUUGGCUCCCUUGAAAAACAAGGUUCUCUUAAAGGCUGUAUGUCAAUGAAGUCUGCUCCUGAAGAAAAAAUGGCGGCUCAAUAUUUCGUUUCCAGUUAUCCCCAUUUUGUUCGAGUUAUGAAAAAGUUCAACAUCAGUGGUUCAUUCACGCUGAAAAUUCCGUAUCAAUUUUCUAUGGAGCAUCUGCCACACAGCAAAACAGAGAUUGUUCUUCGUAAUUUAAGUGGAAAAUGCUGGACUGUAAACUCUAUCCCCACUUUAAAGGUACAGACUUUGCAUACUUUCUGUGGAGGGUGGAUGGCUUUUGUUCGUGAUAAUGAUAUCCAAAUGGGAGAUAUUUGCAUCUUUGAGCUUGUUGGGAUAUGUGAAAUGCGUGUUCACAUCUGUGGAAUUGGGAAGAAAGGAUUGGAUUACCAGCAUGGCACAAAGAAUCUUCCCAUGCCUUAAGAUUUGGAUGCCAGUUAAUAUGUACAGUAACUACCAAGUGUCCUCAUGUUUGUAACUGAACGUGAUAUACGCACCAUCAUAGUGGGUCAUUGUGUUGCGAACUUUUGGAAGGGCCGAUUUAGUGCUGUGGACUAUUCGACCCAUUAUAGUAGAGUUGAUGGGUGACUUAUUUUAAGCUCUUAAUUGAAUAUUUUUAGUGCGAGCUGUUCUUCGACUUAUGCUUUUCGUUGUCCCCUCUCGUUUUCAGCAGGCUAUGUAUCGUUUUGAUCACGGCUUUCAGUUUUUGCGGAGUGCACUUCCAGGAUUGUGAAAGCAGGUCUUCUUCUUCAUCUGCACCAUAUUUGUACUGGCACUGUUAGGGAAUAACUGGUUAAUGCAAAGGAGAAGACAUUUAUUGACUGUAUGUCUUCUUUAACAGUGUAAACUUAAGCUGGAUGUUGUUGGUGUCUGUAACUGAAGUUUAAUUGCCUUGAAACUCCAUUAGGGUCUGUUGUAUUACAUUUUUCUUGAAUGAAAACAAGACAAGGAGACUAAUGGUAAGCA